AUGAUCCGCAACCUCGUCAAGUACCCGUCCCGCGUCCGUGAGCUCCAGGCCCGCUUUAACGCCCACCCGAACCUCCACGGCGCCGAGAACCCGACGUACACGAAGGGCGCGAACGACAAGGCCGUCAACACGGCCGCUGCCGUCCUCUUCGGCCUCGGUAUGGCCCAGACGCUCCGCGGCUGGUGGAACAUGUCGUGGGGCCAGGGCAAGAAGGAGUAA